AUGGCAGAUAAAAUAGAAUUGACAGAUGUUUGGGAUGGUGUAAUACAUAGAAGAUUGUUAUUUCCAAUACCAUGUUGUAAAUUUAAUGAGAAAUUUGAAAUGUUAGAUGUACGUUGUCCACAUGAAAACACUAAUAAUAUCGAAAUUGGAUGUUAUGAUCUGUUACAUGAAUUCGUUAAAUAUUGUGCUGAUAGAUUAGCAUUUGUAUCAUGGAAUUUUUUUUAUCAAUUGAAAUCUCGAGGAGAAUUAGAAAUGGAUGAAUUCAUGUUCUUUUUAACUGGUGGAGUUGGAUUAGAAAAUAAAUUAGCUAAUCCAGCCAAUAGUUGGUUAUCCGAUAAAUGUUGGGAUGAAAUAUGUCGUAUGUCAACAAUAAAAGGACUUGAAACAUUUCGUGAACAUUUCACUACACAUUUAAAUGAAUGGAAACAAUAUUAUGAUAGUAAAGAUCCACAUGAAAAUAAAUUACCUGAACCAUGGGAUCAAUUGGAUAUAUUUAAAAGUUUGAUUGUACUUCGAUGCAUACGUCCAGAUAAGGUAGUUCCUGGUGUAAUGAAUUAUGUCAGGGAGAAGUUGGGCAGGAAAUUUGUUGAACCUCCACCGUUCGAUUUAGCUAAAUCUUAUCAUGAUUCAAGUUGUACAACACCACUCAUUUUCAUUCUUUCUCCUGGAGCUGAUCCAACGAUGGCAUUGUUGAAAUUUGCCACAGACAAAGGUUUUGGAGGUGAUCGUUUUCAGUCUAUUAGUCUUGGACAGGGUCAGGGUCCCAUAGCAGCAAAAAUGAUCGCUCAAGGCAAAGAAGAAGGAUCUUGGGUCUUAUUACAAAACUGUCAUUUAGCUGUGAGUUGGAUGACAGCACUAGAAAAGAUUUGUGAAGAUAUGACCUCGGAGAAUACAAAUCCAUCGUUUCGUCUAUGGCUUACGAGUUAUCCAUCACCAAAGUUUCCAGUUACAGUCCUGCAAAAUGGCAUUAAAAUGACAAAUGAACCACCCACUGGGUUGAGACAAAAUCUCUUACAAUCUUAUUUAAAUGAUCCAAUAUCUGAUCCAGAGUUCUUCAAUGGUUGCCCAAACAAAGAGCCUGUUUUUGAGAAAUUAUUAUUUGGAUUGUGUUUCUUCCAUGCUCUGGUACAAGAACGUAUAAAAUUUGGUCCACUUGGAUGGAAUAUACCCUAUGGAUUUAAUGAAUCAGAUUUACGUAUAUCGGUUAGACAGUUACAAAUGUUUAUAAACGAAUAUGAAAAGGUUCCAUAUGAUGCUAUCCAGUACAUGACUGGAGAAUGCAACUAUGGUGGUCGAGUAACUGACGAACGAGACAGGCGAUGUUUAAUGACAAUGCUAUUAGAUUUCUUAUGUCAAAAUGUUGUAAAUGAUCAGCAUUAUAAAUUUUCUCCUAGUGGAUUAUACUAUGCUCCUCCCAAAAUGGAAUACGAUGAAUAUUUAGAAUUUAUUAAAAAUUUACCUGCUGUACAAGCACCUGAAGUGUUUGGAAUGCAUGAAAAUGUUGACAUUACAAGAGAGUUGAGUGAAACACGCACAUUGUUCGAUUCAAUUCUUCUAACUGUUGGUCAGACAUCAUCGGAAGCGGGUGGAUCUGCUGAAGCACGAAUUGAUGCAAUAGCUAAUGAUAUCCUUGGUAAAUUACCAAAUGCUUAUGAUUUAUCUGAAGCAUGUAAAAAAUAUCCAGUCAAAUAUGAAGAAAGUAUGAAUACUGUACUUGUACAAGAAAUGGAGCGGUUUAAUAAUUUGACAGCAGUCAUCAAAUCAACAUUGAGUGAUCUUCGGAAAGCAAUUAAAGGUCUUGCAAUUAUGUCUGAUAGUUUGGAAUCUUUAGCAGCAGCUUUAUCGAUUGGAAAAUUACCAGCCUUAUGGGCAGGUCGAUCAUAUCCAAGUUUAAAACCGCUUGGAUCGUAUAUUAGUGAUCUUAUUGGAAGGUUAAAUUUCUUUCAAGAAUGGUUUAUCAAUGAUAAGCCAUCAACCUUUUGGGUAUCUGGAUUUUUCUUCACCCAAGCAUUUUUAACUGGCGUGUUACAAAAUUAUGCUCGUCGAACAAGAAUCCCGAUUGAUCUACUGACCUUUGAUUUUCAGGUUCUUCCGACACACAAAGAAACUCAAGAUCCUCCAAAUGGAGCUUAUAUUCAUGGUCUAUUUUUGGAUGGAUGUCGUUGGGACUAUGAAAGUAUGGAACUUGGUGAACAACAUCCAAAGGUCUUAAAUGAGCCCAUGCCAAUAAUCUGGUUGAAACCGACAACUCGUGAGGAACUUGAAGCAUUAUCAACCAAAUUAAUUCGAUAUAUUUGUCCAGUUUAUAAAACAAGUGAACGACGUGGUACACUUUCCACCACUGGACAUUCAACCAAUUUUGUUUUACCGAUAUUACUGCCAACAAGUAUCAAUCCAAACCAUUGGAUAAAACGAGGAGCUGCUCUUCUAUGUCAGCUAGAUGACUAAAUGGAUGGGCUUUUUUUUGAUAUUAUAAUAAUUAGGCUAUUUAAACAUAUUAGAAAAUUAAAAAUACCGA